CGCGUCCCCGCCUCUGUCUUCCGGUAUCGUGACCGCGCGCCGAAGAGCAACGACAAGGCGACGAGGCUGACUAAAGUGUUCAUUUAGUGCGGUGUAACGACUUCAAUGUACGGCCAGACUGGCGUGUUUGAGAUGGCGGCGACGCAGCUGUUCCGGCUGCUUGUCCGCCGGUCGACAACUCGUGUUUCCCUCAAGAAGUACAGCAAGGCGUGCCCGGCCUUGCUGGAGCAACUCCAACACUUUGAGUCUCUUCGGGAGAGAAAGAACGACGACAAAAGGAGAGCUGAACCGUUGGAAAAGCCCCUCAGCAUCCGGGUCGGUGACAGCCAGGUGGUGAAGGGAGCAGCCGGGGUCACCACGCCGCUCUCGGUCGCUCAGAGCAUUGGGAAGAAAAGGGCCUUGGUGAGUAAGGUGAAUGGGGAGCUUUGGGACCUUGGGCGCCCCCUGGAGGCUGACUGUGAACUACAGCUUCUUGGGUUUGACACACCUGAAGGCACGCAGGCCGCAUGGCGGACAGGAGCGUGCGUGCUGAGUUGGGUGCUGCAGAGGGAGUUUGGCGCCAGGGUGUGUCGUGAAGGGACGUCAGACCUGGGAUUUUACUGUGACCAUGUGAUGGAGAACAGCGAGCCGCCGCCUCUGAGUGACGUGGAGCAGAGAUGCAAGGAGGCGGCCGCCCUGACGCUGCCUCUGAGCAGGCUGGAGCUGAGCGCACAAGAGAUCCAGGAGCUCUUCCAGGAUGACUUACUUCGAUCGCAGCUCGUCCAGGAGCAGAUGGUGGGGCCCACUGCUACGGUGUACAGGUGUGGAGACAGCAUAGCGGUCUCUAAUGGCCCACUCCUCCCCCACACGGGGAUCCUCAAGGUGUUCAAGAUCCUACAGCUGUCAUCUGUGACCCUGGCCAAUCAGAAUGUGUGCGCCGGUUUGAUGCGUCUCUCCGGGGUGGCCUUUCCGAAAGAGAAGGAUAAGGUGGAGUGGGAAAGAAUGCAGGAGGAGGCCCACAGGAGGGACCACAGACGCAUCGGGACGGACCAGGAGUUGUUUUUCUUCAAUGAUGUCAGUCCAGGAAGCUGCUUCUUCUUGCCGAAAGGAGCACACGUGUACAACACCCUCACAGACUUCGUCAAGAGCGAGUACCGACGGCGAGGCUUCACCGAGGUCAUCACCCCGACGCUGUACAGCACUGCAUUGUGGGAGCGCUCGGGUCACUGGGAGCACUACGCCGACAACAUGUUCACCGUGACGUCCGAAGGCUCUCAGAAAUACGCCCUCAAGCCUAUGAAUUGCCCCGCCCACUGCCUCAUGUUCGAGCAGCGUGUGCGCUCCUGGCGGGAGCUUCCUCUGCGCUGGGCCGACUUCGGGGCGCUGCAUCGCAACGAGCUGUCCGGCACUCUGGGAGGCCUCACCCGGGUCCGCAGGUUUUGCCAAGACGACGCUCACAUCUUCUGCACACCUGAGCAGCUGGAGCAGGAGAUUGUGGCCUGUUUGGACUUCGUGAGAAGCGUCUAUCAAGUGUUUGGGUUUUCCUUCCACUGCCUCCUGUCGACACGUCCGACUCCGUGCCUGGGGGAGGCUGAGCAGUGGGAUAGUGCCGAGCAGCAGCUGGAACGGAGCCUGCAGCAGUUUGGCGAGCGCUGGGAGUUGAACCCGGGAGACGGAGCCUUCUAUGGGCCAAAGAUUGACAUCCAGAUAAAAGACGCCAUUGGCCGACAGCACCAGUGCGCCACCAUCCAGUUGGACUUCCAGCUGCCAAUCAGAUUUGACCUCCAGUUUGUCGGACGAGACGGCCGGCUGCAUCGACCAGUGAUGAUCCACCGAGCAGUGUUGGGGUCACUGGAGAGGAUGAUCGCCAUCCUGGCUGAAAACUUUGGAGGGAAAUGGCCCCUGUGGUUGUCCCCGGCACAGAUCAUGGUCAUUCCUGUAGGGGGCAGCUGUGAGUCGGCCGCCGAGCAGGUGCUCCAUCGGUUUCGAGAAGCGGGCUUCAUGGCGGACUCGAACGACGACACCGGCGCCACGUUGAGUAAAAAGAUCCGCUCUGCUCAGCUGGCGCAGUACAACUACGUGUUAGUGGUUGGCGAUCAGGAGCGCGAGAGCGGCACAGUGAGCGUGCGGAGUCGAGGUGGCAAGCAGCUGGGCAGGAGGCCCUUGGAGGAGGUUCUGAUGAGUCUCACACAGCUACGAGACUCCAGGAGCAGACAAGAGGACUUUUGAGUAACUACACCAUCACUAGGUACUUUUUUUUGGGGGGUACGGGACAAAUUCCCCCCUGCGCCCGCCGGCGCAAUGAAACCCAAGUGGAUACGGUUAAUAAUGUGAGAGUCCAGUCCAUACUGGGGCUAGCAGGGGAUCAUGUUGCAUGUAGACAAGGACUGGUCCACCCCGGGUCCUGACUUCAGCCUGAUGUUUGUAUGCCAGCUAUUUUUUUAAGUGUAAGCCUCAGUCAUGCUUAAUGCAUGCUAAUGUUAGCAUGCUAAAAAAAAAAUUUUCAGGUACAGACCACAGUGUACCAUUAUUUUCAGAACAUAAGGCGCACUUAAAGGCCUACUGAAAGCCACUACUAGCGACCACGCAGUCUGAUUUUAAAUUUCCCGCCAAGUGUCCUGUUGAAAGUAACAAUGCUGACGCGGAUAUGUUCUUCCAGCACCGAUCACAGCUAAAAGUAGUCUCUUUUCAUCGCAUAAUUACACAGUAUUUUGGACAUCUGUGUCGCUGAAUCUUUUGCAAUUUGUUCAAUGAAUAAUGGAGACGUCAAAGAAGAAAGAUGUUGGUGGAAAGCAACACAAACACAGCCGGUGUUUCUUUCUUUGUUGUGAAGCUUUAAUAUGGAACAGAGCGGUCAAGCGAACAUGUUUCCCUACCACAUGUCAACCGGCAGGUUUUGGUGAGAAAAUUGUGGUAAUAAGUCGGCUCUUACCGUAGACUGGAGCGCAGCUUGUGUCGUUCCUCCUGCAGCUGUCGAAGAGGCAGCUGCGACUUUCUUGGCUCCUCUGUGGCUUCCCUCAGAGACACUGGCGGUCACCGCACCCCUCCGACUUUCAGGUAUGACUAUAUAAUCUCACUAGUAACACAAUAAGCAGAUAAGGGAUUUUCUGGAAUUAUCCUAGUAAAUGUGUCGAAUAACAUCUGAAUCGCUCCCACUGCCCUCGUCUUUUUUUUUUCUAGUCCUUCACUCUCACUAUCCUCAUCCACAAAUCUUUCCUUCUCGCUCAAAUUAAUGGGGAAAUUGUCGCUUUCUCGGUCCGAAUCGCUCUCGCUGCUGGUGGCCAUGAUUGUAAACAAUGUGAGGAUGUGAGGAGCUCCACAACCCGUGACGUCACGCGCACAUCGUUUGCUACUUCCGCUACAGGCAAGGCUUUUUUAUGAGCGACCAAAAGUUGCGAAUUUUAUCAUCGAUGUUCUCUACUAAAUCCUUUCAGCCAAAAUAUGGCAAUAUCGCGAAAUGAUCAAGUAUGACACAUAGAAUGGACCUGCUAUCCCCGUUUAAAUAAGAAAAUCUCAUUUCAGUAGGCCUUUAAUAUUUGACUUUGGCUCCUCAGCAUUCACACCACAUUUUUACCAAAAUGUCAUUCUUUGAAAAAAAAAAAAGGCAUAUUUUGUUCUGGUUUUGAAGGUGAUCCAUCCAUCCAUCCAUCCAUCCAUCCAUCUUCUUCCGCUUAUCCGAGGUCGGGUCGCGGGGGCAACAGCCUAAGCAGGGAAGCCCAGACUUCCCUCUCCCCAGCCACUUCCUCUAGCUCUUCCCGGGGGAUCCCGAGGCGUUCCCAGGCCAGCCGGGAGACAUAGUCUUCCCAACGUGUCCUGGGUCUUCCCCGUGGCCUCAUACUGGUUGGACGUGCCCUAAACACCUCCCUAGGGAGGCGUUCGGGUGGCAUCCUGACCAGAUGCCCGAACCACCUCAUCUGGCUCCUCUCCAUGUGGAGGAGCAGCGGCUUUACUUUGAGUUCCUCCCGGAUGGUAGAGCUUAUCACCCGAUUUCUAAGGGAGAAACUCAUUUUGGCCGCUUGUACCCGUGAUCUUGUCCUAUAGGUCAUAACCCAAAGCUCAUGACCAUAGGUGAGGAUGGGAACGUAAAUUGAGAGCUUUGCCUUCCGGCUCAGCUCGUUCUUAACCAUAACAGAUCGAUACAGCGUCCGCAUUACUGAAGACGCCGCACCGAUCCGCCUGUCGAUCUCACGAUCCACUCUUCCCUCAGUCGUGAACAAGACUCCUAGGUACUUGAACUCCUCCACUUGGGGCAGGGUCUCCUCCCCAACCCGGAGAUGGCAUUCCACCCUUUUCCAGGCGAGAACUAUGGACUUGGACUUGGAGGUGCUGAUUCUCAUUCCGGUCGCUUCACACUCGGCUGCGAACCGAUCCAGCGAGAGCUGAAGAUCCCGGUCAGAUGAAGCCAUCAGGACCACAUCAUCUGCAAAAAGCAGAGACCUAAUCCUGCGGUUACCAAACCGGAACCCCUCAAUGCCUUGACUGCGCCUAGAAAUUCUGUCCAUAAAAGUUAUGAACAGAAUCGGUGACAAAGGACAGCCUUGGCGGAGUCCAACCCUCACUGGAAAUGUGUUCGACUUACUGCCGACAAUGCGGACCAAGCUCUGACACUGAUCAUACAGGGAGCGGACCGCCACAAUAAGACAGUCCGAUACCCCAUACUCUCUGAGCACUCCCCACAGGACUUCCCGAGGGACACGGUCGAAUGCCUUCUCCAAGUCCACAAAGCACAUGUAUUGUUUUGAAGGUAAAUUCCACCAAAAUGAUCCCCUUGAUUUGUCAGUCUGUGGCCCUCUGUGAAAAGGUUUGGGAUCCCCUGAUUUAUACAAUAUUUUUAACAUGAUAAAUCAUGUAAAAGGUCUGUUCUCUGCACAUGAAUGCUGUACAUUUAUAUUAUUUCCAGCUGAGUGUUAAUUGGAAUAAAUAGAAACUUUACAAGACUA